AUGGAUUACUCGAAGCUUUGGCGUGACACCAAGUCGGGAAACCGCUUGUCCAGGCUGGCCGAGAUCCGCGGUGGUGAAAAAAUAGUGAUGGGAGGGAUGUGUGUGGUGUCAGAGAAAUGCAGGCUCGUUGGAAACGUCAACAUGCAAAACGAGAAAACAGAAGCCAUCUCGAUGGGCUUGUUUUGCAUUCUAGAAGAGCUCUGUCUCCUAGAGCCCCCUGAGGUUGCUUGUAAAGGAAAAGAUCAUGAAAGUGUGUUGAGUAAAAUAGUUCUCCAUAAGACACUUACCUUGGGGUCCUUCGUUCUCAUAGGCCACAGCAGCGAGAUUCGUUGCCGACGAAUCGGUCGAAGGGUUAUCGUGGGCUCUGGUUGUACUCUUUCUCCCGGUUGCGAAUUAGGCGAUGUGGUAAUAGUCGAACCAAACGUGACAGUACCGAAAUUGUGUAAAGUACCGCAUUUCACGCGAGUGCAAAAGCACCCUGAGUUUAAGGGCAGUGUCCGCUUUAUACCUCUGCCGGGCAGCCUUCGAAAAUCUAUUGAAAAUUGGUGUAAAGAGGCAUAUUGGGGCAUUCCUGUCGAUUUGGGUGAAAUAUUGUCGGAUCUGCAGCACAGCAGCUCGCCAUGA